AUGUCGCUCGAAGCUACCAUGAUCAUUGUCGACAAUAGCGAAAGCAGCAGAAAUGGCGAUUAUACCUCGACACGAUGGCAAGCUCAGAUCGACGCCGUGAGCGUCAUUCACACCACUAAGAUGCGCGUGCACCCUCAGUCUGCUGUCGGCCUUAUGAGCAUGGGUGGAAAGGGUCCCGAGGUCCUUUCGACAUUUACCACCGACUUUGGUGGUAUCUUGGCCGGUCUGCAUCGCACGAAGAUCCAUGGCACUGCCCACCUUAGCUCCAGUAUACAAGUUGCCGGUCUUGCCCUCAAACACCGCUCCGAGAAGUCCCAGAGACAGCGCAUCAUCGUGUUCUCCUGCUCUCCCAUCGAAGAAGACGAGAAGACAUUAGUGAAGCUGGCCAAGAAGAUGAAGAAGAACAAUGUGUCCAUCGAUGUGAUUGCCUUCGGAGAUCUGGAGUCCGAUCAGACCAAGAAACUGGAGGCAUUCGUCGAGAACGUCAAGGGUGGCGACGGCUCUAACCUCGCCAUCAUUCCCCCGGGCCCCAACUUGCUGAGUGAGGAGCUUCAGGUCACUCCCAUCCUCGGUGGGGACAGUUCCGGUGCCGAUGGUGCAGGUCCUGAAGGUGGUGAUGGUGGCUUUGGAUUCGAGGAUGCGGCUGAGAACGACCCCGAACUGGCAUUCGCCCUCCGUCUAUCUCUGGAAGAGGAGAAGAACCGGCAAGAAAAGGAGAAGCGGGACCGGGAGGAGCAAGAGCGCAAGGCCAACUUGGACAACAUUCCUGAGGAGGGCUCCAGCGGGAGCAAAGACAAGAAAGAGGAUGGUGACAAGAUGGACACUGCUUAA